GUUCGGGAGGGUGGAAGGUGGAGAGAGGGGAGCAGCGUCUGAGGCGGGACAGACUCCACAGCACAGGGAUAGCAGCUGUUUCUGGCCUGGGGGUCCUGCCAAAAGGACCGUGUCUCGGGUGGACAGGGAGCCCCCACCGUCUGUGUACAGAGGCCACAUUCUCUUUGCCAGAGUGAGGUGGGGCACAGGGGCAGGCCCAGUGUCCCGUGGGCGGGAAGGACUCACCUGCUUAGUCUCGCCCUGUCUUCCUGCCCUGCAGCACCAGCAUGAGGCUCCCGGCCAGCUCGGUCAAAUUGGGCCUGAAGGUGGAGCAAUACCUCUCGGCCAUACAGGUGAGAGGGCCGGGCCCUGGAGUGUGCUGGGCAUGCAAGGGGCCUCAGCCUCCAGAGUCAACGGACUGUGCUCUCUGCUCCCAGAGAUCAGAGUCUAUCAGGUAUGCAAACCCAUUCCACACUGAGUUUCCCGUGGCUCCCGUGGAUGUCACCAGCAAGCGCCACCUUUUCGAGAAGGAGCAGGUGGGCCAGAGCCAAGAGAGCCCAGCCUCUAGCCGCAAGAACCAGGAGACACAGAGGGAGUUGGCAGCUGGCAGCAAGCCCCAGUGGAGGAAGAAACCAGAGGCCCCGCUGGGUGCCGAGGUGAGUGGGGGCCCAGCGGUUUGGGCAGCUCUCCCUGGAGAACGUGGGCCAGCAGGCACCCACUCCUCCACUGCAGGCCUGGCAGGGGGGCCUGGCGGGCAGGGCACAUGCUGGCUCCUAGAAGCCGUCUGCUGCACGGAAGACACUGAUCCGGAAGCAAGCCUGGACCCUGAGACUCCCAGCCCCAGUAAAUGUUCCAUGUUCCAGAAGAUCUCUGUGCUGGAGGAGAGAGCUGUCUCAGGAAAGAGGGCAGUUCCAGACAAAGCCAGCGACUCAGAGAAGAGAUCAGUGUCUGAGAAAGCCACCGUCUUCGAGAAGACCCCAGUCCCCGAGAUGCAGCCGGCCCCAGGCAGGGCCAUGGCCCCAGUGUGGCCCCAGGACUGGGAGCACUCAGCCUCAGCAGAGUGCGCGUCCAGCCCCAGGAGGCAGCAGGGCACUGGGCCUGAGAAGGAAUCUGAAUCUUCGGCAGGGCCUCUGCCCCGGGCUGGCGGCCUCCCACCCGUCACUCUGCAGGUGCACGGUGCCCCCCACCUCCCCGUCCUCCCGGCAUCUCUGGCGGCCUCCCUGACAGGGGACUGGGAUGGGGUCUCACCUGGCACCCACACCACACCCUCAUCCCAGGCCCAGACUCCAGGGAAGCCUCAGAUGCUUCUAGAAGCUCCCCCAUCCCUGGAAGCCCUGUCCACUGGCCUGGCCCUGGGCCUGGGCCUACACCCCCACAGCCGAGGCAGCAGGCGGGGGCAGAGGACUGGCCUGCUGCCACUGCUCCAUGGCUGA